AUGGCUCAUUUUGCUGAUCAUGGCAAGAGAAGAUGCAGAUGGGUGAAUGGCCCGCUCAUAGUAGGAGCAGGUCCUUCGGGGCUGGCCGUGGGCGCGUGCUUGAAGGAGCACGGCGUCCCCUCCGUCAUCCUCGAGAGGUCCAACUGCAUUGCCUCGCUUUGGCAAAGCCGAGCCUACGACCGCUUGAAGCUCCACCUCCCCAAGCAGUUCUGCCAGCUUCCUAAGCUCCCCUUUCCUGAGGACUUCCCCGAGUACCCCUCCAAGAACCAGUUCGUGGAUUACUUGGAGUCCUACGCCGUGCACUUCCAGCUAAAUCCACGGUUCGACGAGACGGUGGUGUCGGCGAAGCAUGACAACACAUGCGGCAUGUGGCGGGUGAGGACUUGCGUCGGCCGCCAUGGGAGCAAGGGCAGAAGAACCGAGGUGGAGUACAUUUGCCAGUGGUUAGUGGUGGCCACAGGGGAGAACGCAGAGUGUGUAGUACCAGAGAUGGAAGGAAGUGAGGAGUUCGGCCGGCAGGUGAUGCAUGCUAGCGACUACAGAUCCGGCGAGGCGUACCGGGGAAGACAGGUCCUCGUCGUAGGCUGCGGGAACUCUGCCAUGGAAGUCUGCCUUGAUCUCUGCCACCACAAUGCCUUCCCAACCAUGGUGGUGCGCGAUGCAGUUCAUGUGCUGCCAAGGGAGACAUUUGGGAGAUCGACCUUUGAGCUGGUUGUUUCCUUGAUGAAAUGGCUGCCGGUGAAGGUGGUGGACAAGGUGCUCUUGAUCUCAUCAUGGAUGAUACUUGGAAACAUCGAGAAAUAUGGACUACGGCGGCCUUCUCUCGGCCCCUUGGAGCUGAAGAACACGCAGGGGAAGACCCCAGUUCUGGACAUUGGUGCCCUGCAAAAGAUCAAGACAGGUGAGAUAAGGGUGGUUCCUGGAAUCAAGAGGCUGUUGCAUGGUCGAGCAGAGCUCGUCGACGGGCGAAUUCUCGAUGUAGAUUCGAUCAUCCUCGCGACCGGUUAUCACAGCAAUGUUCAUUCAUGGCUGCAGGGCACAGAAUUCUUCAACAAGGAUGGAUUUCCAAGCCAAGCAUUCCCAGAUGGGUGGAAGGGGUGUUCAGGGCUUUAUGCUGUUGGAUUCACAAGGAGAGGGCUCUCUGGUGCAUCCAUGGAUGCUGUGAAGAUAGCAGAAGACAUCGGCAGGGUGUGGAAAGAGGAGACCAGACAGGCCAAGCACAUCACUGCUUGUCACAGAAGAUGCACUUCACAGAACUGA